AGGACCACCGCAGCUUCAUGUUCCACACGGAGGCAUUUUGUCAACGGACCCGAAAAACGAACGCGUACUCACAAGGAAGUGCGGAAAAUUGGUGCGCCUUUUUCAGCUGAGUUGGCUCAUAUCAAAAGCUGGUGAUUUGUUGUUCUUAUCAUUUAUACAAGCUGAAAUAAAAAAGGGAGUAGUAACCGGCCACAGGCAACACACGUAACACCUUUGAGAAUGCCCCGGAGAAAGAGGACCGCCGGCAGCAGCUCGGACGGGACGGAGGACUCGGAUUUUUCUGCCGACCUCGAGCACGCGGAAGCUUCCGAGAGCGUGCACAGGCGCAGCAGCACGCGCUUGACUCGCGCUUCACUGCGCCUCAGUCGGAGCUCACAAGACCUGAAGCAGGGGGCGGACCGAGACGAGACCCCUCCCCGGACCCCGACGGGUAACGCCCCGUCCUCGGAGUCCGACAUCGACGUUUCCAGCCCCAGUAACGACCUUGUGUCGUCCAGCAACGACAUUGUAGUGUCGCAAGAGGAGGACGAGAGAUUGGCCAAAGAGCUGUCGCUCAAAGAGGCCGCUGCCCACGACCUCUCCCACCGGCCCAAACGGCGGCGCUUCCACGAGAGCUACAACUUCAACAUGAAGUGUCCCACACCUGGGUGCAACUCAUUGGGUCAUCUAACGGGGAGGCAUGAGAGACAUUUCUCCAUAUCGGGAUGUCCUCUCUACCACAAUCUCUCUGCUGAUGAAUGCAAGGGCAAGGCAUCGACGCGCGACAAACAGGCCGAGGAAAGGACGUUGUCACACCGUCAGGACGAGAAUAGACACUCCACAAGAAACCAGGCCCCGUCAGACCGCCAGCUGCGCUACAAGGAGAAGGUGACGGAGCUGAGGAGGAAGAGGAAUUCUAGCCUCAACAAGGAGCAGAAGGACAAGUACGUGGACCACCGUCAGAGCCACGGAGUGAGCAGGGAGCCGCUGCUGGAGAACAUCACCAGCGACUACGACCUCGAGCUGUUCAGGAAAGCGCAGGCACGUGCCUCGGAGGACCUUGAGAAACUCCGGCUGGCCGGCCAGGUGUCGGAGGGCAGCAACAUGAUAAAGACCAUCGUGUUUGGCCGCUACGAGCUGGACACGUGGUACCAUUCCCCAUACCCAGAGGAAUACGCCCGCCUGGGGAGGCUCUACAUGUGCGAGUUCUGCCUCAAGUACAUGAAGAGCCAGACCAUUCUGCGGCGGCACAUGGCCAAGUGUGUGUGGAAGCACCCUCCAGGUGACGAGAUCUACAGGAAGGGGAACAUCUCUGUCUUUGAGGUGGACGGAAAGAAGAACAAGAUCUACUGCCAGAACUUGUGUCUGCUGGCGAAGCUCUUCCUGGACCACAAGACUCUGUAUUACGAUGUAGAACCUUUCCUCUUCUAUGUCAUGACCGAAGCUGACAACACAGGGUGCCAUCUAGUCGGAUACUUCUCCAAGGAGAAGAACUCUUUCCUCAACUACAACGUAUCCUGCAUCCUCACCAUGCCGCAGUACAUGAGGCAGGGCUACGGCAAGAUGCUCAUAGACUUCAGUUACCUGUUGUCCAAAGUUGAGGAGAAGGUGGGCUCACCUGAGCGCCCCCUGUCAGACCUGGGCCUCAUCAGCUACCGGAGUUACUGGAAGGAGGUACUGCUGCGCUACCUGAACAACUUUCAGGGCAAAGAGAUCUCCAUCAAAGAGAUCAGUCAGGAGACGGCGGUGAACCCAGUGGAUAUUGUCAGCACGCUGCAAUCCCUCCAGAUGCUCAAAUACUGGAAGGGAAAGCACCUGGUUUUAAAGAGACAGGACCUUAUCGAUGACUGGAAGUCCAAGGAGACCAAACGCGGCAAUGGCAAGACCAUUGACCCCAAAGCCUUAAAAUGGACACCACCUAAAGGGACGUAGAGGAGCUUCCUUUCACACUACAAACCCAGAAACACACGCAUAUACACACAGACGGAUCCUCUAGCGCACACUGGCAUGCUCACAGACCCUGAGCCAAAACCCUUCCCACACACUCUUGUACAAAACCCUUUUCAACAGCUACAGCGCAGUCAGCCACUCGUUGUGUCCACCGUUAACUCUGGGUUCAGCAGUCACUGUCAUGGAGAUGGAACAUGAGAACACCGAUACGAUGCCUGUCCAGAGUAUGUGUUUGGACAUUACACAAAAAUAGAAGAAAAGGAGUCAUCGGGGACGGCUUCUUUUGUAAUAAACACUUAAAAGUGAACAAAAAAACAAACAUGCAUAUCAUUAAUGUUCAAUUAAUGGUUGUGUUUAGAAGCAAAUGAAACAAAAGUAAUAUUGCAGCUUCAGAUCUCCCUAAAUAUUUAGUUAAGCUAAUACGAGCAAUAAGCAAUAUGUUACACUACAGCCUGUUUAUGUUUAGGUCAUACAUGUAAACAACCGUAUGCCACUGGCUAUUACUAACUUAAAUAGCAUUAAUAUAUUACAUGGCGCUUUUUAAAUAUUUUGCUCAUUUAAAUAGAAUUUUAAUCAUUUCACAAAUUGUUGAUUUACAAUUUAUUAAUGUGAUUAUUCAUUUAAUAAUAUAUUUUUUUACGUAUUAAAUAUUGACCACUUAGGGGUUCCAUAGAAGAGAAUCAGCUAUUCACGCUUUCUUUAUAUAUUAUAUUAUUAUAUAUACUGUAUAUACAUGUAUAUAUUUUUUCGGUUUUAGGGUCUAACGAUCAGUGUGACUAAAUUACAAAAUAAUGAGCUAAGCAGCGGCAGAUGACGUCUGUCUACGAUCUAGUAAGAUUGCCGCUGAUGUCUCCUCGACCUCAUUUGUUGUCUGAAAAGUGAAAGUAAUUGUGCGUUGUCAGUGCACCUCCUCCCAGACACUUGAUUAGCGCCGAGCACCAGGCACACCUUCUAACCCAAUCUGCGGCAGCUGGUAUUGAACCGGUGCUGCUUUUCAUUCUGUUGUCGAGGUGCUCGACACAACGCAGGUCUGCAGCACGUUGACUCAUGCGA